CGCUCGGCUCGGCACGGCAGGAUACGAUAGGGCACUGCACGGCUCGGCACGGCACGGCUUGGUUCGGCACGGCACUGCGGAACUCGGGCCCCACUGCCAUGGGAGGCUGUGGCUCGUGGGCAUGGCCAGAGCUGCUGGUGCUGCUGGGCAGUGCGUGGCUGUGGGUGGGCAGUGCCCAGCCCACCCCCUCCAGCCCCACACACGCCCCCGGGCCCCAGCUGCGGUUCCGCCUGGCCGGGUACCCCCGCAAGCACAACGAGGGCCGCGUCGAGGUCUUCUACAACGACGAGUGGGGCACCAUCUGUGAUGAUGAUUUCACGCUGGGCAACGCUCACGUGCUGUGCCGGCACCUCGGCUUCGUGGCUGCCACCGGCUGGGCCCACAGCGCCAAGUACGGCAAAGGAGUCGGGCGGAUCUGGCUGGACAAUGUGAACUGUGCUGGAAGCGAGAAGAGCAUCGGGGACUGCAAACACCGGGGCUGGGGGAACAGCGACUGCAGCCACGAGGAAGAUGCAGGUGUUGUCUGCAAGGAUGAACGCAUUCCAGGCUUCAAGGACUCCAACGUCAUCGAGACCGAGCAGAGCCACGUGGAGGAGGUGCGGCUGCGGCCGGUGGUGUCCGGGGGGCGGCGGCAGCUGCCGGUGACAGAGGGCAUCGUGGAGGUGCGCUACAAGGACAGCUGGGCACAGAUCUGCGACCAGGGCUGGCACAGCCACAACAGCCGCGUCGUCUGCGGCAUGAUGGGCUUCCCGGCAGAGAAGAAAGUCAACAGGAACUUCUACAAGCUCUUCACAGAGCGGCAGCAGCUCAACUACCGCCUGCACUCGGUGUCCUGCACGGGGACAGAGGUGCACCUGUCCAUGUGCUCCUUCGAGUUCUACCGGGGCAACUCCUCAGCAGCCUGUGGCUCCGGCAUGCCCGCCGUGGUCAGCUGCGUGCCCGGGCCCCUCUUUGCCACUGGCAAUGCCCACAAGAAGAAGCAGCGCCAGCAGCAGCAGCAGCAGGGCCAGCCCCGGAUCCGGCUGAAGGGCGGUGCCAGGGUCGGCGAGGGCCGCGUUGAGGUGCUCAAGAGCAGCGAGUGGGGCACGAUCUGUGACGACCACUGGAACCUGCAGUCGGCCAGCGUGGUGUGCCGCGAGCUGGGCUUUGGCAGCGCCAAGGAGGCUCUCACUGGGGCACGCAUGGGGCAAGGGACGGGCCCCAUCCACCUGAACGAGGUGCAGUGCCGGGGCACCGAGAAAUCCCUGUGGAACUGCCCCUUCAGGAACAUCACACAGGAGGACUGCAAGCACUCGGAGGACGCGGCCGUUCGCUGCAACAUCCCCUACAUGGGCUACGAGAACCUGAUCCGCCUGGCUGGCGGGAGGACGGAGUUUGAGGGCCGCGUGGAGGUGAAGCGAGGCAGUAAGUGGGGCACGGUCUGCAGCGAUGGCUGGACCACCAAGGAGGCCAUGGUGGCCUGUCGUCAGCUCGGCCUGGGCUACUCCCUGCAUGCCGUGACGGUAGGUGACAGCGGGGAGGGCACCGGUGAUGCCCUGGUGAGCACAGGCACCAUGGGGCUCCAUGGGGACAGGUGGGGUCAGAGGGACACUCCACUCACAGGACAGGACCCAUGUGGGCAGCUAGGGGCCUGGGCAGCUGUGGUGGGGGGCUUGGCUGCAGCCUGGGUACAAGUGAUCCUGGGCAGUCCAGCCACCAGCGCUGCCACCCACCCUGCCUCACUCCCUCCUCAGGAGACGUGGUACUGGGAUGCCAGCAACGUGACAGAGAUGGUCAUGAGCGGGGUGAAGUGUGCUGGCCACGAGAUGUCCCUGAGCCACUGCCAGCACCAUGGUGCCAGCCUGAGCUGCAGGAACACGGGCACGCGCUUUGCUGCGGGCGUCAUCUGCUCCGAGACUGCCUCUGACCUGCUGCUGCACGCACCGCUGGUGCAGGAGACGGCGUACAUCGAGGACCGGCCGCUGCACAUGCUGUACUGCGCCGCCGAGGAAAACUGCCUGGCCAGCUCGGCCCGCCUGGCCAACUGGCCCUACGGACACCGCCGCCUGCUCCGCUUCUCCUCCCAGAUCCACAACCGCGGCCGCGCCGACUUCCGCCCCAAGGCCGGCCGCCACUCCUGGGUCUGGCACGAGUGCCACCGGCACUACCACAGCAUGGACAUCUUCACCCACUACGACAUCCUGACCCCCAAUGGCACCAAGGUGGCCGAGGGACACAAGGCCAGCUUCUGCCUGGAGGACACUGAGUGCGAGGAAGAUGUGGCCAAAAGGUACGAGUGUGCCAACUUUGGGGAGCAGGGCAUCACCGUGGGCUGCUGGGACCUGUACCGGCACGACAUCGACUGCCAGUGGAUUGACAUCACUGAUGUCAAGCCAGGCAACUACAUCCUGCAGGUCGUGAUCAACCCCAACUUUGAGGUGGCAGAGAGUGACUUCACCAACAAUGCCAUGAAAUGCAACUGCAAGUACGACGGGCACCGCAUCUGGGUGCACAGCUGCCACAUCGGAGAUGCGCUCAGCGAGGAGGCCAACAAGCGGUUUGAGCAGUACCCAGGUCAGCUCAACAACCAGAUUUCAUAGGGCCCCAGGCCUGGGGAGACAGGCAUCUCCCUCCCUCACCCCAUAUGGGUGGGAGGAAGCUGCUGGGAGACUGGCAGGGAGGCCUGAUGCCCAGUGCUGCUGCCACUGUGUCCUGCCGGGGACUGCCCAGGACUCGCCACCGGCCGCCCUUCCCCACCUCAGGGGAAGCUGGUGCUGGAGGCACCGACACCUGCACCUCCCAGCCUGGGGCUGCCACCCCAACCACUGGCCAGAAGAUGGUGGCCACAUCCCCUUGGGCUGUGGCACACGGGUACGGUCUGGGAGGUUCUGCACCCCUCACCACUCCAUUUCUCCCAUUCCAGCUGCACCCCAACUCCCACUCCCCUCUUCAGCCCUGGUUCCCUCACCCCCUCAGCUGGCCCCAGGGCCCACCACCCACACAGGGCCCCAGGAGCCGCUGGUCCCCCAGGGAUGGUGCAGGUGUCUCUGCCCACAGCGCUGCCCAGGGGUGGCUCCUACCCCAUCUCUCAGUUGUAAUUUUAUUUCCUCUAUAAAGUUGUAAGUUCUAUUUCC